CCCCCCCCCAUAUCUCCCUCCCGAUGUUUCGUCACGCGUGUUCGAGUGUUCGAUAGAAGCUCACGAAAUUGGCCCACCCCUCAGUCCUGCGUCGUCAACGUGCCGAAAGUAUACCGCGCAGCGCGGAAGGGCUCGAGGUGAGUUGACGUCUUUCCACCCAAACCCGUCGGAACAGAAUAGUGACAGUCGAAUCUCUAUCCUGUACGCAGGCUUUGAAAAGAGACGGAGAAGUCUCUGUCAUCUCGGAACCCCGCCCCGACGUUCGACACUUCUGGCCUCCCACUAACGCCUGGGGAUCCUACCCCGAAGUUCAACACAUCUGGCCUCACACCGUCAACGACACCCCGGACAACCUCAAAAUAACCAAAAUGGCCCUCCCCGCCGCGAGAAUGCUAGUCAAAAUGUCCCUUCUGAAACAGCUGUAUCGCCUGCUCGUCCCCCCCCCUCCCGGCCGGAAAAACGACGAUUCGCCAACCGCCGAACCCCCCUCGUUCGACAAGGCCUGGAACAUGGUGUCCCUGACCCCCCAGCUAUGCAGCCGCUUCCGGAACGCCAUCUUCGGGCUCAAGUGGGUGGAACCCAACGACCUGACGCUCAGCGCCGAGAAGCUGGCCCAUGGCGACGGGGGGGACUACCUCUACUACCAGGUCGAAUGGUGCGAGUUCCCCGAGUCCUUCGCCGAGACGCUGAGGAACCAGCUCGGGCCCUGGGAGAGCGCGCGGCCCCGUUACCAGACGAUCGACCUCGGCUGCAAGAGGACCAUCGACGCGCUUCGGGAGUACACGAAGGCGUUCUGGGCGGUCACGCGGCCUGUCAAGCCGGAGCGCAUCCUGACCCUCAAGGUGAAGCGCGGGGACUAUAAAAAGACCGAGCUCAUGAUCCGGACGCAAUGGGUUUUGAUGCAGAUGGCUGCGUUUUCGGGUGCGGGCGAUGUUCGCAAACUGAUUCCGCUGACGGCUUCGAAACUGCCGGGUGAUCCGGAGCCUGCACGGGCCGGAUGCGGAAACGACAGCGACAGUGAACGCGAGGAUUGGUACGAGCUCCUGUGGGAUUGGGAUUUCGACUGUGACUUUUAUGAGUUCCUUUCCGAGCCCGAAUCCGAGGGCUAGGUAGGAUACAUCAUACGGAUGAGUCGUGAGUCGUGACGAAUCACGAUCAGGGGUCGGAUGCUGAGAAAUGAGAGUAAAAAGAGUAUGACUGAGAGUAGUGAGAGUGAGAGUGACGUUGAAACGGGGAGCUCUAUCCGUAGGACCGUAGUUAAUUAGUGAGCGCAGUGGAAGCCUGGAAGACCAAACGCGACAUUGUCCUUUAGGUCAUCAUAAUCCAAUAAUAUAUUUUGUUCCAGCAAACCGGUUCAUCCGUUCAAUAUCAACGUCAAUGUGGCAUUGUAUGGACUCUGCUCGU